AUGGAACAAGAAUCACAUGGAAGGGGAAAUGUAGGCUUUCUUAAAAAAUAUGCAUACGAUUACCUUAGCAGUUUAGCAAAAGGUCAUAGACAAGUUGAAGAUGCUGCAGAAUUAAUUCGACAUUUUCAAAAAAAAUCGAACGAAGAUGGCUUGCUCUAUUGGGAUUUUCACGUUGAUGAAAAUAACAUGAUGUGUAACUUUUUCUGUAGAGAUGGCCGGUGUAGGAUUGAUUAUGAGACUUUUGGCGAUGUGCUUUCAGUUGAUAGCACUUAUAAAACUAAUAAGUACAAUUGGAGUUGUGCUCCUUUCAUGGGUAUUAAUCACCAUGUGAACAAUGUGAUGUUCGGAUUGGCUUUUAUGUCUCGUGAAACAAAGUCUUCUUUCAAUUGGUUAUUGAAUACAUUUCUCGAGUCUAUGAGCGGCAAACAACCUGAGACUAUUUUCACAGAUCAAUGCCAAGCAAUGAUGAAUGUUGUUGAAAAUAUAUUUCCCAAAUCGCAUCAUCGAUUAUGUCAAUGGAAUAUCUAUCAAAAUGCACAUUCGCAUUUUGGAAGUUUGAGUAAUAAUCCAGAGUCUAAGAAUAUGUUCCAUAGAUGCAUGGAGUUAUGUGAAACUGAAGAAGAGUUUGAGAAAUUUGGAGUAACAUGA